AUGGGUAGAAGAAAUCAUUCUACAGUAACAGACUUUAUUCUUGUAGGGUUUUCUGAUGUUCCAGAACUAAGGUAUUUCCUAUUUCUUCUAUUUCUUUGUAUCUUCACUAUAUCUCUGUUUGCAAAUAUGUUUUUAAUUAUCCUCUAUAGAUUCAGUACAAACCUUCAUACCCCCAUGUAUUAUUUUCUUGCUAACUUCUCAUUUUUGGAAAUAUGUUACAUUUUAACUAUCAAACCCAAAAUGCUGGCAAACAUCCUAUUCGAUGAUAAAACCAUCACAUUAUGUGGCUGUGCCUUACAGAUGUUCUUUUUCCUAUUACUAGCAAGUACAGAAUGUUAUAUGUUGGCAGCCAUGGCUUAUGACAGAUAUUACGCCAUAUGUCAACCAUUAUUAUAUAACAUGAUUAUGAGUAGAAACACUCGUCUUAAGCUCAUCUUGGGCUCGUGGAUCAUUGGCUUGACAGUUGCCGUAAUACAGACACCCCUUACCUUUUACUUACCAUUUUGUGGACCAAAUAAAAUCAACCAUUUCACCUCUCAUCUCAUAGUAGUAGCGAUAUUCUAUGGAUCCGGUAGUGUAAUGUAUCUGAGGCCCAAGUCAAGUUAUGGUACAGAUGUGGAUAAGUUUUUAUCACUCAUGUAUGCUAUUAUUGCACCAUUGUUAAAUCCCUUUAUAUACAGUUUAAGAAAUAAUGAUGUGAAAUAUGCUGUUAGAAAAAUGAUAUUGCAGGAGCUCAGGGAUCCAGAUAUUCAUGAGCUUCUGGCUGCCACCACCUUUCCAUAG